CCUGAUUUACAAAACAACCGCGUUUGUUCAAUUUCCAGCAAACCCUAAAACUAACCCUAGUUACUUCUCCCCUUCUAUAUAAGAAACCCUAAACUUCUUCUCCAUUUCAUUCAUUCUACACUUCCAUUACGGUUCUUUUCCUUCUCGUUCCCAUGGCUUCCUCCUCUGUUGAGUUCCGUUGCUUUGUGGGUGGCCUUGCUUGGGCCACUGAUAGUAAUUCCUUAGAGAAGGCGUUUUCCGUAUAUGGUGAAAUCGUUGAAGCCAAGAUCGUUAGCGAUCGUGAGACCGGAAGGUCGAGAGGAUUUGGAUUCGUCACGUUUCUUGAGGAAGAGGCCAUGAGAAGUGCCAUUGAAGCGAUGAAUGGUCAUAUUCUCGACGGACGUAAUAUUACCGUUAACGAGGCGCAGCAAAGAGGUGGAGGAGGUGGUGGUGGUUACAACCGUGGAGGUGGCGGUGGAGGUGGAUACGGUGGACGUCGUGACGGCGGAGGAUUUAGCCGCGGUGGUGGUGGAGGAUACGGAGGCGGAGGUGGUGGUGGAUACGGAGGAGGUGGUGGUGGAUACGGAGGAGGACGUGACCGUGGUUACGGUGGUGGAGGUGGUUACGGUGGUGGACGUGACUCCAGGGGAAGUGGUGGCGGUGGAUCUGAAGGUGGAUGGAGAAAUUAGGCGGGGUUUUAUGAUUUCUUUUUAGCUUUUGGCUUCGAAAUAUUAGUGUGAUGAUGAUAAGAAAAAUCUUAGCAGGAUCUUUUCUUUCGUUUUCAUUUUGUGGCUUUGUUCCUGUUCUGUUUGGGUGCUCUCUUUUUUGACCGAUUACCGAUGGGUUUCGUGUUCCGAUCAAUGUUACCGAUGAUGAAAAAAAUUACAUAAGAAAAUGAAGUACAGAUCUUCGUUCUCGCA